ACCUGCUUGUAGAGAAUGUGUUUAUUUUGAAAAUCCUACCCGGAUGUCUUGUUAUGUUUCACUAUAACUUGACACCGGUGCGCUCGUUCAGCCAUGACAAACACAGUCCGGUCCCGAUCCUUGCCGGACACCGGUGGACCUUCCUCGGGCGCAGUGUGGAGCAGCAGCCAGGAUGAUCCCAGUGGGUGAAUUCAGACACCUCGGCACAGAGCAGAACGCAAAGUAUCGGGUCCUGAAACCAUGGUGGGACGUUUUCUCAGAGUACCUGUGCAUUGCUAUGCUAAUGAUUGGAGUCUUUGGGUGCACCUUGCAGCUCACCCAAGAUAAGAUUGCUUGCCUGCCCAGUCACUUCACCAGCCCAACACCUGAGGCAAUUGACUGCAGCCACAUUCGAACCUACAGGGAGAAUGAGACAACACAGCACACGCUGGUGAAACCUGUGAGCCCCAUCAUCCGGGAGGUGUUUGGCCGCAAGAACAAUCUGGACAUCCAUCAAUAUGUGUUUGUCAACCACUAUUGCUAUGAGAGGUUUGUCCACUGGUAUGCAAAGUACUUCCCAUACCUUGUUGUGAUCCACACUGUGAUCUUCAUGGUAGCAAGCAGCUUCUGGUUCAAGUUCCCCGGGACAUCUUCUAAAAUUGACCUCUUUGUGACCAUCCUCGACAAGUGCUUUGAUUCACCUUGGACUACGAGAGCUCUGAGUGAAGUUUCUGAGGAAAGAGGAGAGGAGAAACUGGUUAUUUUGAGAAGGAAUACCAUGUCGAAGGAACGCACAGAGGCACGAACAGAUGAGGAGGAGACUGUAGGGCUUCUUCGCUCCUCCUCUGUCAAAUCUAAUCCAGAAAAGAAAGCCCCAGAGCCACAGUCGACCCCUUCCGCCUUGGAUAAGAAGGAAGGAGAGCAGGCCAAGGCUCUAUUUGAAAAGGUGAAGAAGUUCAGAACUCAUGUAGAAGAGGCAGACAUCUUGUAUCUCAUGCAUGUGCUACAAACGUCACUGAAGGUCUUCAAGUUCCUUUUAAUCAUUAUCUACACUGCAGUGCUGGCACCGAACAUUGAAAUAGUAGUGCGCUGUUACGUUCCUCCUGAGCUGACUGGUUUUGACAUCUAUUGCUGUAACCACAACAAAGCCCAUCUUUUCUCCAAGCUUGCCUACUGCUAUAUCUGCUUUGUGGGAGUGUAUGGACUUCUGUGCAUCUACUCCCUUUACUGGCUUUUCCAUCGGCCUCUGAAGGAGUAUUCUUUUGACCAAGUGAGACUAGAAACGGGUAUUAAUGACAUACCGGACGUAAAGAAUGAUUUUGCAUUCCUCCUGCAUCUUGUGGACCAAUACGAUGCCCUUUACUCUAAAAGAUUUGCUGUCUUUCUUUCUGAGGUCAGUGAGAGUCGUCUCCAUCAGCUCAACCUCAACCAUGAAUGGACUGCCAAGAAGCUGCGUGCCCGUCUUGCCAAGAAUGCUGGUAACCAGUUGGAGCUCCACCUAUUAAUGUUACCAGGACUUCCUGACACAGUCUUUGAGAUCCUUGAAGUGGAAUCACUCAAACUGGAGCAAGUCAAAAACGUGACCAUCCCAGCUAGUGUGGCAAAGCUAGACUCUCUGCGGGAGUUAUCACUGAUAUACUGCCCUGCAAAGCUCCAGCUGCCUGCCCUGAACCACCUCAAGGAACGUUUAAAGGUCCUUCGUCUAUCAUUUCAAAGUGCAGAAGAGGUGCCUAUGUGGAUGUACACCCUACAUGGCCUGGAGGAAUUACAUCUGAAUGGUCCUUUAACCAAUGAGGUGUCCAAAAGUGCCAGUCUUGAGUCCCUCCGAGACCUUAGAGCUUUGAGAGUCCUCAUUCUCCACUCCAACCUUACGAAGAUCCCACCCAGUGUAGGGGAUGUAGCAUUGCAGCUACAGAGGUUGUGCAUCUAUAAUGAAGGUGUCAAACUCCAAGCGCUUAGCAGCCUGAAGAAAUUAAGCAACCUAGUCUCACUGGAGUUAACAGGUUGUGAGUUGGAGCGCAUCCCAAGUGCUGUUUUCAGCCUGAACAAUCUGCAAGAGUUGGACCUGAAGGACAACAAACUGACCACUGUGGAGGAGAUUCUGAGCUUACAGCAUUGCCGUCGUUUAGUGACACUUCGACUGUGGCACAAUAAAAUCACUUACAUCCCCGAUCACAUCAGCAAGCUGCACUCCCUAGAGACACUGGAUAUCAGCUGGAACAAGCUAAGAAAGCUUCCCUCUCGGCUGUUUUAUUGCACCAAGCUCAGGCACCUCGAUGUCUCCCACAACCAGCUCACCUCUCUACCUCCUGAGGUGGGUGUCCCCCAAGGCCUCCAGUUCUUCUCUGCUGCUUUCAACUCUUUAGAGACAGUGCCGGAGGAGCUGUUCUCCUGUAGAAAGUUAAAGACAUUGGCUCUUGGAAACAACUGCCUGUCAUAUCUUAGCUCCAGUGUGGCCAACCUGGCCCAGCUCGUCCGUCUGGAGCUUAAAGGGAACCGCCUGGAGUCUCUACCUGUGGAGAUAGGGGACUGCCCCCUGCUCACUGUCAGUGGGUUGAUAGUAGAAGAGAACCUUUUGGAUCUGCCUGCCAUCAGAUGUACGGACCAGGAUGCCUAACAGCUAAGUCUGAAGAGCUAAUGGGCUCAUCUUUUCUUUACCGUGGUGGUAGAUGGUGGUCUGACUUGCACAAAGUAAACAGAGAAUUAGAGUGUUGAUCAAUGACAGUAGAGGGCACGUUUUAUAUAAACAGAACAAAAGGGAAACAAUGCCCAAAUCCAUAAGUGCACACAAAAUAAUAACCAGACAUUAAAAAUGUAUUUAUAAAAUCACUCAUCAUGAAAUGUGCAUUCCAGUUGGUGUCAGUGAAUGAAAAAUCAACUUGCACGUUUUUCAAAGUGUUUUUUAUGCAUUUUCUUAAGAUACCUUUUUUAAAUAAAUCUUUUGCUAAGUU